AUGGGGCAAACGCACUCAACUGAGGACGUCCUGAAGCUUGAAGAACCGUCAGCUUUGGGUUUGGAUGCAGCCUUGAAGAAAUACUACGAGAGGAAGGUUUUGCCACUGGAGAAGGUCAGCAACUUCGAGUACUUCUACUCUCCUUCCCUGACUUCAGGCGAACUGAGCAGUGUGCCGUGCCUUCUGCUCAUCGGGCAGUAUUCCGUAGGCAAAACAUCAUUUAUCCGUUAUUUAAUGAACGGCGAUUACCCGGGCAUGAGAAUUGGACCGGAACCGACAACAGACGAUUUUGUGGUCAUACAGUACGGAGAUAACCCACGGCGGAUUCCGGGCGUGACUGCGAUCAGUCAAGAAAAUUUUCCACUGAAAGGUCUUGAGAAAUUCAGCGACAAGUUCCUGCGCAAAUGCAUUACGGCUUUCUGUCCGAACGAUCUGCUGAGACAUAUGAUGAUCAUCGACACACCAGGCAUUCUGUCAGGCGAGAAACAACGAAUCAACCGCGGCUACGAUUUCGAGGGAGUAGUGCAAUACCUGAGCGAUAAAGCAGAUAUAAUCCUCCUUAUGUUCGAUGCCCAAAAGCUGGACAUUUCAGACGAACUUAAGCGCGUAAUCGCAGGGUUGCAAAGGAACGAAGAAAAAAUAAAGAUCAUCCUAAACAAAGCUGACUCAUGUGACCCUACGUCACUGAAUCGCGUUCGUGGCGCGCUUAUGUGGUCUCUUGGUCGAACGAUGCAACGGCCAGAGGUUCCCGUGUUGUACACGGGGUCGUUUUGGGAUCAGCCUCUUACACAUGCACAGUAUCAGGAGACAUUCGACGCUGACCGUAAGGAACUGUUCGACGAUUUUCGGAAGCUUCCUCGAACGGUGUAUGUGCGACGAUUGAACGAUAUCGUGAAACGUGCGAAACAGGUUCGACUACACUCACUGCUUAUGAACGAGCUGUGCAAGCGGAAGUGGUGCACGUUGAAAAGGCUGGCACUGCGACGGUUUCGAACUCACACAUAUCCCUAUUUUGUCGACAAACACAACCUGUCAACCUACGAUCUACUGCCGGUUGUUGAAUACAUUGACCGAUUGAAGAAGCUGGAUAAGAAAUUGUGGAAAACAGCUGAUCAGGGAAAGUUAAAGAAGAUCGAAGAGUUUCUAUCGGACGACAUUACGAAGAUGAUGAACAUUUUGCCAAGCGAAAAGGCAAUUCAGCUGGCAAAAUCUGGGAGGCUGCAACCACAGCAAAUGCCGGUAGGUGCUGCGAAAGAGUCGAACGCGGACUGGCAAGUGAUCGCGAAUCUGGCAAAGAUGGAGGGCUGGGCGAGGGAAUUCUCAGAACUGAGUCCACGGAACGGAUUCGUGGACCUGUCGAAGGUGCAGCCGCUUAUAGACAACUGUCACCUUCCGUGGACGACGUCUGAUCAUAUCGUAAAGCUAGUGGACUGUGACAAUGACCAGAAGAUAACGGAGAAGGAGUUCUUCCUCCUGAAAUGGCUACUUGGUCUUGGAAUUGCUGGCAAAGAAAUUCCUGACAAACUGUCCUCAUCUCAACGGCCUCCAAAAGAUGACGGCUACUAA